AUGCUCUUUAUCUUCUCAUUCCUUCUUGUUCCAUUCACUGCUAACGCCGCUAUCAGUGGUGAUUUAAAUUGCACCACCUAUAAUGGAACUUCGUUCGUCUACACCCCAGCUGCUGUCGCCUGCUCCAACACAAUCUCCGACGCUGCUUGUGAAGUUCUCUAUGUUGCUCCUGAUACCACUGCGGGAUAUCCAUCUGCUGGAACUGAUGCUGAAAGACCAUUGGCUUGUUAUACAACGGCUUCUGCAACCCCAGCUGCAGUCGUUCAAGAUAUGAAGACUGCUGCGUUGGAUACUUGCGCUAAGACUUGUGGAUUGUGCUGUCAGACUGAUGCCUAUAACUGUCCGAAUGUUGCUUACCCACGCCUUGACUGCGCCACCAUCACAACCGCCCAAUGCAAUUCCGUAAUCUGGAGAUCAAUCAUUGCCACCGAUUGCCCAUCAGCUUGUGGAUUCUGUAACGAAGGAGGAUGCGUUGAUUCUGUUGUUGAUUGUGCCACUGAUAUCUCCAUCUGCACCACCGUCGGAAUGCAAGACUUUGUCAACACCUACUGUCAAAGAACAUGCGGAAGAUGCCCAUCAUCAACUACCGCUUCGUCAAGCACCACUGCAUCUUCCUCAUCCUCCACCUGCACAUCUUACAAUGCUGAUAGCUCUUCUCACUGUGCUAACUGGGCCACUAAUGGAUUCUGCACCAACACCUUCUACACCAGUGCUCAACGCAAGGCGUACUGUGCUUCAACUUGCAAGAUUUGCUAA